CAGACCCCGUCGUCAAAAGCCAACCCGAAAAUCAGACGGGACCUUGGGGAGGUGGAAAGGAAGCUCUAGCCAUGGAGACUAUAUCCCGAAUAUCGACCCUGCUGGAGAGCGCUCGAGACCUCACGCUCGAUGCCGCCUCGGCAGCCCGAAGUGGGCGCGGCUCGUCGUCCAAGCCGCUCGAUAGACCCCAGAUCAAGAAGUUCCUCGACAGCCGCAGCGAGAGGGAGGUUCUCGACGGUCUGCGGCGCGUCAUCUCGAUGAUGUACCGGUCGCAAAAGACGCUGCCCUUCUUCUCCUCCAUCGUCAAGAAUAUCGCGUCGCCCAACCUCGAGAUCAAGAAACUUGUGUACAUCUACCUCGUACACCAUGCCGAACAGGACCCCGAUGUCGCCCUCCUAUCCAUCAAUACCAUCCAGAAGUCGCUCUCCGAUGCCAACCCGCAAGUCCGCGCCCUAGCGCUGCGUACCAUGUCCAAUAUUCGAGUCCCAGUUAUCAGCCAAAUCGUUUCUCUGGCGGUCAAAAAGGGCGCGGGGGACAUGAGCCCAUACGUUCGUCGCGCAGCUGCGUUGGCAAUACCGAAAUGCUACCGCCUUGACCCCAGCCAGCUGCCGCAGCUGUUGGAGUACCUGUCCACCCUGCUUGGAGACAAGCAAUACUACGUUGCUGGAGCUGCCAUCACGGCGUUCAUGGAAGUCUGCCCGGAACGAGUCGACUUGAUACAUCAGCACUAUCGGAGCUUGAUCAAGAAAGUUGUGGAUAUGGACGAAUGGAGUCAGCUUUCGACUCUCAGGCUAAUGACGAUCUAUGCACGGAGGUGCUUCCCGAGGCGCACAAGGAAGGUCAAGAGCAAGAAUCAAGGAGCUGAGCUACAGGAUUUCUACGGCGAGGGUGGUGACGCGGGCCCGGAGGGCGAAGAGGUCGUCUUCCUCGAUCCGGACCUGGAGCUCCUACUUAGCGGCAUCAAGCCGCUCCUCCAGUCUCGUAAUUCCGCAGUCGUCAUUGCUGUUGCCCGAUGUUACGCCUCGGUCGGCACGGCGCCAUAUGUGCAGUCCGCCAUCGGGCCGCUCAUCGCUCUCCUGCGCGGCCCCCAGGACAUCCAGCAAGUCGCGCUCUUCGAUAUCGUCUCCAUUUGUCUAGACAGGCCAGCCGACUUUGUCAAAUACGCUUCUCACUUCCUGGUCCGCGCAACGGACACCCAACCGGUGUGGGAACUGAAGCUAGAGUUCUUGACCCUCGUCUUCCCUUGCGCCCCCGUCCAUGUAAAGAGUCUCAUCUUGAAUGAGCUCGAGCAUUUUAGUCGCGGGAGCGACAAGCUGCUCGUGCGGGAAGCCGUGAGGGCGAUUGGCAGGUGUGCGCAGACCGAUCCCGCCACUGCACCCCGCUGCCUGCGUCUCCUGCUCGGACAGAUCACGAGUCUCGACGGCAUCCUGGCUGCGGAGAGCUUGACCGUGAUUCGCCACCUCAUCCAAAAAGAUCCCACGGCACAUGUUGCGACAGUGGUUCGAUUAGCAAAGAAUCUCGACAGCGCAACCGAUCCGCAGGCCAGGGCGACCAUCAUAUGGCUGGUUGGGGAGUUCUCGGCUCUCAAUGGCGAAGAUAAUAUCGCGGCCGACGUGCUGCGCAUCCUCCUGAAGGGCUUCACGUCCGAGUCCGAAGUGGCGAAGCGGCAGAUCGUGCUCCUCGCGGCAAAGGUGUAUCUCCACCACCUGAACCGCGAGACUGAGGUCGCCCAAGCAGCCUCGGGCGACGAGCCUACUUCCCUACCAAAGCUCCUAGAGGACGACGACCACCCCGCCGCAAAACUCUGGACAUAUGUGCUUCACUUGGUCCGCUACGACACCUCGUACGACCUGCGUGACCGCGCCCGCCUCUACAAGGCACUCCUCGCCGUGCCGCAGCUGGCGACGCUGAUGCUCCUCGCCCCCAAGCCGGCGCCGCAGGCCCCCAGCCCCUCGGAAGCGAGAAAGGGCUACAUGCUCGGCUCGUCGGCGCUUGUGCUUGCGGGCGGCGGCGGCGUGCACGGCCUGAGGGGCUACGAGUCCCUCCCCGACUGGGUCGAGGAGGGGAGGGAGCCCGAUCCGAGGCUGAGGGAUUCGGAGACGCUCGGCUCGGGAUACGGGGAGAAGAGGGUCGUCCCGGCUGCGGAAGCACUCGAUAGCGUGGCCAGGUCGUCGGCUGGGCCUGCGAACGGUACGGGGAGUGGCGUCGGCGUCAAGUCGCUCGAUGACUGGCUGGCUGAAGGGGAAGAAGAGGAUGAGAGUGAGGAGACAGAGGAAGAAGACUCCGAUGAGGAAGAGGAAGAUGAUGAGGAUGAGGACGACGAAGAAGAUGGGGAUGAAGAAGAGAGUGGGGAGGAAAGUGAAGACGAGGGGAGUCAGGCAGAGCGGACCAGACUUGUUGGGUAAUCAGUGAUUCCGCAAGAGGUAGUCUCGGCAAGCAACAUAAUCCAGGCAAUCUGGUCAAAGAAAUCUAGUUUGCCCCCUAGCGCUCCCUAGACUGUCGAGGAAGGACGCGCUUCGCUACUGCUAAAUCAUGUCACACCAGGGCACAUAAGGUCUAACUGAGCAGUCAGUCCGCUCUUGUGACGAUACAGCGAGAAUUGGAUAUCCCUGGGAUGUCCCAGCUUGAUUUUGUUUAAUCCUCAGCCGGGCGGCUGCGAUUGCCAUGAACUGCCUCCCAUGGUGAUGCUAUCUAGUCUAUUAAGAGUAUAUCUAGUCUAAAGGGGUAUGUCUACUCUACAAGAGUACAUCUAGUCUACAAGAGUAUAUCUAGUCUAAAGGGGUAUGUCUACUCUACAAGAGUAUAUCAAUCCACCACCUUUACC